AUGGAGGCAAGCCCGCGUCCUCCCGCCGUCACACUCGAGCUCCCAAGCGGCAACGGCCCGUUCCCAGCAUUCAUCGCCUACGAGGAGACCUCCAUUCCCAUCAAAGCCGGGAUCGCCAUCAUAACCUUCCCGAACCACGAUGCCGCUGCUAACGAGCCCCGCGGCAAGGGCAACUUAUACGACACGGACGGGAAUUCAAAACCAGCGGGUGGCCUCAUGACCUGGCGUGUGUCGCGUGAUCAACGCCCUCGAACAGCUCGGCCCGCCACGACCAAGAUCGACACCAAGCGCUUCGGCGUGACGAGCUGCUCGCGCAAUGGCAAGGGCGCGCUCAUCGCCGGCGCCUUUGACGACCGCAUCGCCCUCGUACUGCCUCAGGAGGGCGGCUCAAGCGGGCUGGGCUGUUGGCGCGUCAUGGCCGACUUCAAGAAGAGCGACACGUCUACCGAGGCGACGCAGAUCAUCACAGGCGAUUCGUGGUUCACGACCUCGUUCACUCCGUACGCGCGCGCCCAACAAGGCCGUGUUGCCCUACGACCACCACAUGCUCAUGGCGCUCGUCGCGCCGCACGCCCUGCUCGUCAUCGAGACCUCGAGCAUCGACUACCUGGGCCUGGGUGCCAACAACUCGUACGGCUGCUCCAUCGUGGGGGGGGGCAUGGUCUUCGAGUGGCUCGGGCCAGCGACUCGAUGGGUGUCACGCAGGCCUGCCACGGGCAGCGUUCGUCAUAA